CGACGCCAUCAUUGUUAGUGGCAGUGAAGCCUCUUGGUAAGAAGUAGAAUCAUCACCAGCGGACUUUAGCCCACAGUGAGUCCGGGUCGCAGACAGUGUUGUUUGGGCAGAAGUCACUAUGGUGCAGACGUGCUCGGCGUACGGAUGUAAAAACCGCUACAGUAAAGAAAAGGACAUUUCCUUCCACAAGUUCCCUUUGACACGUCCAGAUGUUUGUGAAAAAUGGGUGAUGGCGAUGGGAAGGGACAACUUCAAGCCGACAAAGUACAGCAGCAUCUGCUCACAGCACUUCACAAAAAUAUGCUUCAAAGAUUGCAACAACCGUGUGCUGAAGGAUCACGCUGUGCCGUCCAUCUUCACCUUCAGGCUCAGCCUCAAGCCGGACUACCCCGAACAUCCCUUCUCCUCAGAAAUCCACUUCCCUCUACCUCUCCCUCUGACAUCUAACUCCAUCAAGGGGGAAGUGGUGGAGAAAGCAGUUUUUGAGGAGGAGGAGGAGCAGCGGCGUGAGUCUGACAGAAGCCUCUCUGAGUCGCACAGGGAAACAUUGGCGGUGUCCUGCGAUCACAACUACACGGUGGAAGAUUCUGCACAGCUAAGGAAGCGUAUCGAUCAGCUGGCAGAGCGGGUUUGGCAUCUGAGAAAGAAGCUGAAGACCAAGCAGCAGAAGAUUCGACGGCAGGAGAGCCAGGUGAAGAGGCUUAAAGCCAUCUGCAAAGCACAAAGGAACAAGUGGGACUCGACCACACCAAAGAUGUCUCGCUCACAAAUAGGUAAGCGGUUCGUCAUUUUGCCUGAAGAAAUGUACAACUCCAUUACAGAGAUGGAGUCAUGAUGAGGAGCGAGGAAGAGAAAAGAAACCUGCUGCAGACCCCCCUCUGGACUCUAGGUGGCAGCAGCACCUAACCCUUAAAGGACAAGCAGAAGGUCCUCACCUUUUCUGAAAACAAACUUGUCACAUGUAAUGUUCUGUGAGUUCGUUUCUAAAACGGCCAUUUAUGUGGGGUCACUUCAAAGGAAGAGUUUUGAUUCAAUUUGUUCAGGGUUGUUGUUGUUUAUAGUAAUGCUAAGUUUUAUACUGAUGACACCGACUUAAGCGUGAAAGCAGUGAAUCUUUGAAUUUGAAUUUGGGAAUCACAUGAUCUGUAGUAAUAUGAAUGUAAAAUAUUAUAAAUGAAUAAAAUGACCUUGAGAGUCGUAUACGUGUGAAGCCACCGUUGUGGCCAACAAUAAAGGAACAGAUCCAUUUCUAUGAUGUGUGGUAUUGUACUCUCAGCACUCCCCAAGAACGCUCACCAGCCCAAGGAAACACACUGACUGUUUUGAUGGAAAGAAAUUGCAAAUAAAAAGCAGUUCAUGUU